UUGAACUCAGAAAGAGGAAAACAUGAGAAUUUUCUCGGCUCCAGAAUUUUCUUCCAUAUUCCUACUACUGAUUUCAGCAUUCGUGAUACGAUAUCAAACGGUACAGCGAAGUUUUUCGGAGUACCUCCGCCAGAGGACCGGCAGUCUCCAUCGGUUGGUUCUGCUGCCGAUCCUAAAUGGAGCUCCCGUCGAUUGCGCUAUAUCUGUAAACCACUGGACGAUCUAAUUGAUAUUCCAUCGCCAUCGAAAAGCAUAACACCGCAGGAUGAAGUGAAUGCCACUGAAUUUACAGUAAAUUUUUCGAAAACUUAUUUCGCCAAAUUUUCGCUAAAUUAUUACCAAAAUGCUGUAGUUGAUGUUAUCCAAAAUGCACAUUUCCCUGGAAACCCUAAUCCGGUGAAAUCUCAUCAGGUACCACGAAGCAAAUCUAUUGAAAGUCGUAACAGCCGAAUACAUCCACACCUGGAGCGCCGUGAUAGUGUUAUGAAAAUGGCUUAUGAAAGGUUUUCGACAAUUAUCCAAUGGGGGACAUUUCGGCCGAAAAAAGCCGGUGGCGUGAAACGUGGUCGAUCAUCGUCCAGUAGUUUUUCACCAUUUUCUAUCCAACAAACAGGCAAUGUUACACAGAUCAAAAUAGGACCAACAGUAUUGGAUAAUGAUCUAGAACGCGAAGCCACGCGGGUUCCAGUAAGCAGUGGUAUCGCUGGUGGUCGUAUAUCAUCAAAAGAUAGGGCUUCGUUACCGCUGACGAUGUCCAGUUCAGAGUCGUUGCAGGACGAAGUAUUUUUCGAUGUUACGCCAACCUCUGUGGCACCUUUUAGCAUUUCCUCCGUGGAACGAGGAACCAACGUAUUGCUAGGCGAGCAACAAGCUUACCCUAUAUAUGUGCAUCGUUUCGGGCCACCGCGUACUUCCAGAAGAUUACCAGUAGCAACAACCACGAUGAAAGAUGAGGUGUGGCGCUGUUUAUACGCCUUUUAA